CCCUGUGAACGGAAGUGGCUGUUGGAGGCUUUAAGGUAGCUUUAAUUUCUCUGUGUACUGGGAGCUCGCCCUUUACUGCUGGGCUCGGACUUUGCGUGACGGAUGGCUGUGGACGUGAAGUCGCGAGCAAAGCGUUAUGAAAAACUGGACUUCCUCGGGGAGGGACAGUUUGCCACGGUUUACAAGGCCAGAGACAAGAACACCAACCAGAUUGUCGCCAUUAAAAAGAUAAAACUUGGACAUAGAUCAGAAGCUAAAGAUGGUAUAAAUAGAACCGCCUUAAGAGAGAUAAAAUUAUUACAGGAGCUAAGUCAUCCAAAUAUAAUUGGUCUCCUUGAUGCUUUUGGACAUAAAUCUAAUAUUAGCCUUGUCUUUGAUUUUAUGGAAACUGAUCUAGAGGUUAUAAUAAAGGAUAAUAGUUUAGUCCUGACACCAUCACACAUCAAAGCCUACAUGUUGAUGACUCUUCAAGGGUUAGAAUAUUUACAUCAACAUUGGAUUCUACAUAGGGAUCUGAAACCAAACAACCUGUUGCUAGAUGAAAAUGGAGUUCUAAAGCUGGCAGAUUUUGGCCUGGCCAAAUCAUUUGGAAGCCCCAAUAGAGCUUAUACACAUCAGGUUGUAACCAGAUGGUAUCGGGCCCCUGAGUUACUAUUUGGUGCCAGAAUGUAUGGCGUAGGUGUGGACAUGUGGGCUGUUGGCUGUAUAUUAGCAGAGUUGCUUCUAAGGGUUCCUUUCUUGCCAGGAGAUUCAGACCUUGACCAACUAACAAGAAUAUUUGAAACUUUGGGAACACCAACUGAGGAACAGUGGCCUGACAUGUGCAGUCUUCCAGAUUUUGUGACAUUUAAGAGUUUCCCUGGAAUCCCAUUACAACACAUCUUCAUUGCAGCAGGAGACGACUUGCUAGCUCUCAUACAAGGCUUAUUCUUAUUUAAUCCGUGUACUCGAAUUACAGCCACGCAGGCAUUGAAAACUAAGUAUUUCAGUAAUCGGCCAGGGCCAACACCUGGAUGUCAGCUGCCAAGACCAAACUGUCCAGUGGAAACGUUAAAAGAGCAAAGUAAUCCAUCUCUGGCAACAAAACGGAAGAGAACAGAGGCCUUGGAGCAAGGAGGAUUACCCAAGAAGCUGAUUUUUUAGUUACAGAUAACACUGGACAGUAUUUUACUACUGAAGGAAAUAGUCAAAAAGGCAAAUAACAGAAAAAAGUGAACAUUAAGUAAAUGCUGUAGAAGGAAUUGUAAAUAUUCUACACAUGUAAAAUAUGUAAAACUGAAUUAUUUUUAUUAAACGUAUUUUAAAACAAA